AUGAUCUCUCGCCAGUUAAUCACACGAACCUCAGUUUCUUCGUUUCGUAUCACGUCCUUUCUCGCAACUAGGCGAAUACAUCGGGAUGCAUCGAUUCCAGUACAACCAGAGGGGAUGCCUCCACCCCUAAGGGGAAUCCGCGUGGUUGACCUUACUCGUGUUUUGGCCGGACCUACAGCAACCAUGCUCCUUGCAGACCUCGGGGCAGAUGUUAUCAAGAUCGAAGAAGUGAAACGAGGGGAUGAUACUCGGUCCUGGAGUCCCCCUUCUGCACCUGUUCUGGAAACUCAACCCUCGAAUGCCGUCCAUCUUCCACCAGAAUCGGCCUAUUUCUUAGCUACUAACCGAAACAAGCGGAGUAUUACAGUCAACUUUAAGGACCCAAGGGGACUAGAUAUUGUAUAUGACUUGAUUCGAAAAGCUGAUGUGCUAGUUGAGAAUUUUAUAUCCGGUAAGCUAGCGAGCAUGGGGCUUGGGUGGGAGGACUGUAAGAAGAUAAACGAGAAGCUUGUUUAUGCUUCGAUUACCGGCUACGGUCAGACGGGGCCGUAUAGGCAAGCGGCAGGCUACGAUGUAGUUAUCGAAGGAGAAGCUGGACUAAUGCACAUAACUGGGGAACCAGAUGGUCCGCCCUGCAAAGUUGGGGUCGCUGUGACGGAUAUUUCUACGGGCCUGUAUGCCCAUGGGGCGAUUAUGGCCGGUCUCUUGUCCAGACAGCAAACAGGAAAGGGUGUGUGGAUUGACUGCAACCUGUUCGAGACUCAGAUCGCGGGUCUGGCGAACAUCGCAUCAAACUACUUGAUUGGAAAUAAAGAGGCCUCACGACACGGAACUAGCCAUCCGUCCAUAGUCCCAUAUCAAGUCUUCCCGUGCAAAGAUGGCUUUAUUAUGAUUGGGGCGGGAAAUGAAAAGCAGUUUGCUCUCCUGGCCGACAAGGUGUUGGGAAAACCCGAGCUGGCUAUUGAUGCUAAAUUCUCCUCCAACGGACAAAGAGUAAAGAAUCGUGCAGAGCUGGUUCAAAUCAUUACGGAUACUCUCAUGGAGAAAAAUAGGGAUCACUGGUUAGAGAAAUUCCAGGGCCUCGGUGUACCUCAUGGUCCGAUCAAUAACAUCGAACAAACCUUUGACCAUCCACAAGCCAAAGCUCGAGGGGUUACGGUAGAGGUCGAACACCCAAGAGCAGGGAAGAUCAAGAUGGUUGCACCCGCGGUACACUACAACGGGAAACGAAUGCCUAUCACUAGACCGCCCCCCUACCUGUCGCAGCACACCGAUGAGGUUCUGUCCAAGGACCUGGGAUAUUCGGCUGAACGAAUCGCAGAGUUACGCAAAGAAAAAAUUAUUUAG